AUGGCGACCGGUACCGUCAUUGAGAUCCCCAAAACAAAGUCCGGCGCCGCCGACCCGAGUGCGCGCAGCUUCCUCACUACAAUUCCACCUGAGAUCCGCAACCGAGUCUACGAGUGUUUGUUCAAAAGAGACGGUGCCGUUCUCCUCAAGAAUGGCCGUACGCGUCCCGAUAGACUGCGAGAGAGACUGCGUUAUCUGGCCCUGAACCGGGCCGAUUAUUUCCUUGAUGGCGGUUCUGAGCAACAACUCAAGGAAGAGGACUUUUAUCAUGGCUUUGCUGAUUGCGUCGGGUUCCUAAUGUCAUGCCGGCAGGUAUACCAAGAAGCAGUCGGUAUCCUCUACGGCCAGAACACUUUCUUGUUCUCCCAUAUCCUCGAAGAUCAGAUGCACUUUAUGUGCACAUGGCUAUUCAGGAUCGGAUCACAUUACCAGCUCUUGUCCCACGUACAUAUCGACGCAGAUUCACUUGGAAAUCGACUUAGAGCGUAUGAUUUUCUACCUCUGUUGAAGCUCAUUUGGGACAAUCCUCAGGCCAAAUGUCAAUUUGCCUUUGUGUCUCCCGAAAGUUCAUUGGCUGAGGAAAGAGACGACGACGCCAGCUUCUACGGCCCACUUUCCCCUAUAACUCUCCUGAACGGUGUUCUGUUCGCAUUGGGCACCGCAGACGCUCUCGACCUCAGACAGUACGCCAGACAUCCUCGCCUGAUGUCUUCGAUAACAAUCUUUUGUUCCGGUGUCUACACACGUUAUGGAUACGUUGAGCAUGCUGAUCCUGAUGCCCAACAUUCCUUUCCGCAUUCAGAGAGAAAAUUCGAUAUUCUAGACCAUGGGUCUAAGGUUCAGUGGCAAGAACCACAAGAGUUGAGUCUUCUGUCCCUUCCUGAUGAAUUUCUGGCGGACAUCAAUGUAUACGCAAUAUGCCCAUGCGAUACAAUGGUUGUAUUCGAUCUGGACACCAAAAAAUCCCGGGGGUACCACGUAGGUCUUGCCGGAGUCAAUUGCAUGCUGCGGUAUGAAAUCGACCACGAGCGUACGCGAGUGUACGACGAGAUCGUGAUCCAAACAUCUACUCAGGAGACUACGACCGACUUCAACGGCUUCAGGGCAUUGCAAGAGUGGUUGAAUGUUGAGAGAUUUGCCAAUCUGAUCGAUUCGGAGUGCAGAUAUCAGGAGCGCUCCUUCAGUAUGAUACUGAAAUUCAGGUUGUCUGCACCAAUCUCGAUGGCGGAUCUUCGAAUCGAUAUCAGCAGGCUGCUAACUCUGCUUCGUUGUGACCGUGCAGACCCUAGCAUCACCAUCCGAGUGUUGGACGGUAGUGACACGAAGCCCAUCAUGUGGCACAACCUGGCACGCAAAGUAUUUCUCUUACUUUCAGAUGUUCUGGAGCAGUGUCCUUCACAAGCCGACAAGCCUCUUCCACAGAUCUGGAUCAAUGGUCACGGUACUAUCUUGCGCGCCACAUAUCCCGCUACGGCCACCUCCGGUGAGAUGAUCAUCCCCUAUUCCAAUACUAUCGGCAGUUCGGCCAACGUCCACAUGGAAGGCUAUAGCAAGAUUAAGGGUCUCUGGAACAGUGCGGGCAUCAAGAGCGAUCUGUUUACCUUCACACGCAACGGUAGCUUGAUCAGGUUCUGGUACCACUUACGGAUAUCUUUUUGGAGCGACUGGUGGUGA